AUGUCUGAGACUCAGGGAAAGCCCAUCCAAUGUACAGCGGCCGUCGCAUACGCCGCAGGGGAGCCGUUGCGCAUCGAGAAAGUAACGGUGGAUCCUCCCAAGGCGCACGAGGUCCGCAUUAAGAUCGUCAACUCGGCAAUCUGUCACACGGAUGCGUACACACUGUCCGGGUCCGAUCCAGAGGGCCUAUUUCCAUGCAUCCUCGGGCACGAAGGCUCUGGCAUCGUGGAGUCUGUCGGCGAGGGCGUCACCAACGUGAAGCCAGGGGACCAUGUUGUGCCGCUCUACACUGCGGAGUGCCAACAGUGCAAAUUCUGCGUGUCCGGGAAGACCAACCUCUGUGGAGCGGUGCGUGCAACCCAGGGCAAGGGCGUGAUGCCGGACGGAACGUCGCGGUUCCGGAACGGCAAGGGCGAGACGCUCUACCACUUCAUGGGCUGCUCUACCUUCUCGGAGUACACGGUGGUAGCCGACGUCAGCGUGGUGGCCGUGGACCAGCAGGCGCCGCUCGAGACGGUGUGCUUGCUCGGCUGCGGCGUGACGACGGGCUACGGCGCGGCCGUCAAGACCGCAGACGUCCAGGAGGGGGACACCGUCGCGGUGUUUGGCGCAGGUACCGUGGGCCUUAGCGUUGUGCAGGGGGCCAAGGCUCGCAAUGCCUCGCGCAUCAUAGUCGUUGACAUCAAUGACGCCAAGAGGGAGUGGGCCUCCAAGUUUGGGGCGACCGACUUCAUCAACCCAAAGACUGAUUUGAAGGAAGGCGAGACGAUUGUCGCCAGACUCAUUGAGAUGACGGACGGCGGGCUAGACCACACCUUUGACUGCACAGGCAACACCAAGGUCAUGCGUGACGCCCUAGAGGCCUGCCACAAGGGCUGGGGCCAGUCGAUCAUCAUCGGGGUCGCUGCUGCCGGCCAGGAAAUAUCCACCAGACCAUUUCAAUUGGUCACCGGCCGUGUGUGGAAGGGCUCUGCCUUCGGCGGUAUCAAGGGUAGGUCUGAGAUGGGCGGUCUAGUGCGCGAUUAUCUCAACGGUACAUUGAAGGUGCAAGAGUUCGUCACCCACAAGAGGCCCUUUGAGGAAAUUAACAGCGGAUUCGAAGAUCUUCACCAUGGUGACUGCUUGAGAACCGUCUUGAGUUUGUAG